UUAGUCUUCAAAUGACUUAAACAAUUCAAGUUUUAGCAACUUCUUACCCCAUCCUUUUCCUCCGUUCCAGCCACCUAUGGAGCGGGGGACUGGAGGCAGGGAAGCAACAUCUUGCUCUUCAAGCUUUUGUCCUUUCCAGAAACUGGGAAGGAGUGGGGGAGGCCAGUGAUGGGUGGACCUUCCCUUCAGGUCUUCAGACAUGGCUGUCCACUCCUUGCCUGUCCCCACAGCUCUUCCUGCAGACUCUUUUUUCCUGAGGAUCCUAUUAAGAUUGUCCGGGGCCGAGGACAGUACGUGUACGAUGAACAGGGGGCAGAAUACAUCGAUUGUAUCAACAAUGUGGCUCACGUUGGGCACUGCCACCCUCUCGUGGUCCAAGCAGCACACGAACAGAACCAGGUGCUGAACACCAACAGCCGAUACCUGCACGACAACGUCGUGGAUUACGCGCAGAGGCUGUCAGAGACCCUGCCGGAGCAGCUCUGUGUGUUUUAUUUCCUGAAUUCAGGGUCUGAAGCGAAUGACCUGGCCCUGAGGCUGGCCCGCCAGUACACAGGACACUGGGAUGUGGUUGUAUUAGACCAUGCUUAUCACGGUCACCUGAGCUCCCUGAUCGACAUCAGUCCCUACAAGUUCCGGGACCUGGAUGGCCAGAAGGAGUGGGUCCAUGUGGCACCUCUCCCAGACACCUACCGGGGCCCCUACCGGGAGGACCACCCCAAUCCAGCUGUGGCCUAUGCCAGUGAGGUGAAACACGUGGUCAACAGCGUACAGGAAAAGGGCAGGAAGAUUGCAGCGUUCUUCGCAGAGUCUCUGCCCAGUGUGGGAGGGCAGAUCAUUCCCCCUGCUGGCUACUUCCUGGAAGUGGCAGAGCACAUCCACAAGGCCGGAGGGGUCUUUGUCGCGGACGAGAUUCAAGUGGGCUUUGGCCGAGUAGGCAAGCACUUCUGGGCCUUCCAGCUGCAGGGGGAAGACUUUGUCCCUGACAUUGUCACCAUGGGCAAGUCCAUUGGCAAUGGCCACCCUGUAGCCUGCGUGGCCACAACCCAAGCUGUGGCGAGGGCAUUUGAAGCCACCAGCGUCGAGUACUUCAACACGUUUGGGGGCAGCCCAGUGUCCUGUGCUGUGGGGCUGGCCGUCCUGGAAGUCUUAGAGAAAGAGCAGCUGCAGGCUCAUGCCACCUGUGUGGGCAGCUUCCUGAUGGACCUCCUCGGGCAGCAGAAAGCCAAACAUCCCAUCAUCGGGGACAUCAGGGGCGUUGGGCUCUUCGUUGGUGUGGAUCUGAUCAAAGAUGAGGCCACAAGGACGCCAGCAACUGAAGAGGCUGACUACUUGGUGUCCAGGCUAAAGGAGAACUACAUUUUGCUGAGCACUGAUGGCCCCGGGAGGAAUGUCCUGAAGUUUAAGCCCCCAAUGUGCUUCAGCUUGGACAAUGCACGACACGUGGUGGCAAAGCUGGACGCCAUCCUGACAGACAUGGAACAUAAGGUGAGAAGUUGUGAGACCCUGAGGCUCCAGGCCUGAGGCAGCCCUGCUGAGUCCUUCUCUAG